AUGGCUUCUUCGGUUAUAUUGAUGUGCAAAUAUGGUGAAGUUACUCUAGUUGUCAUGACUACAAGAGGUUUUGGUUUCAAUGAUCUGGUGGAAAGCAUUCAUAAAAAGUGGCAGAAUUUGGGUAGUUUUGAGCUUUUUUGUGCUGUCGCUGACCAUCAUAAUUGCAGUCUGGACAAUGAUGAAGACUUUUGUAACAUGAUUGCAUUAGCUGCUGCGUUUGGUGUGACUUGUGUUGAUGUAUCUGUUGGGGUUAUUUCUUCUUCUACCAUUGAAUGCGGUAAAAGUUUGGGUGAAUGUGUUAGGAGUUUUGAAUAUGGUGAGUGUAGUACUUUUCAAGGAGAGGAAGAAGAUCCGCUUGAUAAAUUUUGUCCUCAUCAUGAGACAGUGCGUCUUUCAGCCGAUUGGGUUAAUUUGCUUAAGUGUGUUGGUCAAGAGUUCAGAGAUGGUGUAGAUGAUUUUAAGGCUUGUUUGUCCAAAUAUGCCGUUGAAAUUGGUUUCAAGUAUAAAUAUCUGAAAAAUGACAGAUCAAGAGUAACGGCCGAGUGCUGUAAGAAGCUGGAUGGUUGUACAUGGUUUAUUCACACAACUUUAGAAAGAUCGAAUAAUUUUUUUGUUAUUAGGGAGUUUCACAAAGAGCACAACUGUAUUGGUACGUUCUUUAGUUCAAAAAAUCUUCGGAUGACCUCAAAAAUUAUUGCCAAAGAAAUUGUUGAGGAGGUUCGUUCGAAGCCAUCUUAUACACCGAUAGAGUGUUUGAAACAUUUUGAGGGGCGAUAUGGUUGUUUGAUUGGUUAUUACCAUGCAUGGUUAGCAGUUGAGAAAGCAAAUAAGGAGCUAUUUGGUGAUUUUCAAUUAUCUUUUGACAAACUCCGCUGGUAUGCUGAGGAAUUAAAGGAGAAAAACCCGGGGACUGUUAUGGAUGUGGAAUAUUACAAUGAGACUAAUCGGUUUAUAAGGUUUUUCCUGGCGUUUGAUGCAUGCAUUAAAGGCUUCAACUAUUGUCGUCCUAUUUUGGCUGUUGAUGGUACCUUUUUGAAGGGGAGAUACAAAGGAACGCUUCUCUCAGCUAUAGGAAAGGAUGCCGAUCAAGGAUUAUUUCCUCUUGCUAUCGGUGUUGUUGACUCUGAGACAGAGGCAAAUUGGCAAUGGUUUUUGGAGAAGCUGUCGACAGUUAUUACGUGUUCUCGGCCUCUUACGUUCUUUACGGAUCGUCACUCUGGUCUUGUAAAGUACGUGCCUACAGUUUUCCCAACUGGUUAUCACUCCUACUGCUUGCAGCAUUUGAAGGGAAACCUUAGGGAUAAGCUUUCAGGUCGACUCUCGAAUGAGUUUAGGGAGAAAGUAGUCAAUCUUUUCAAUGAUUGCGCACAUGCUCCUACUGUGAUAACUUUUGCCAAGGCUCUUGAAGAGCUAUGUACUGUUGGUGGAGCGAGUGCAAAGAAUUUUGUUGAGUCAUUUCCGCUUGAGAGAUGGGCAAACGUGUACUUUAAAGGUAGACGAUAUGGUGAAAUGACUUCAACUGCAGCUGAGUCAUUUAAUAACCAAAUUCUUAAAUUCCGUCAUUUGCCAAUAUGUGAGUUGGUUGAUAAGGUAAGGGUGCUAAUCAUGGAGCAGAUGUGUAACAGGAGACUACUAUCAAACAAGUGGAGCAGCUAUGUUUGUCCUAUAAUGGAGAAAAAGUUGAUUGACCGUUUCAAUAAAGGUCGAACUUGGCAUGUGGCAGCAGCAAACGAUGAUAUUUUUGAGGUUUUUUCUCAGCCAACUGUUGUGGUUGAUCUUAAGAAGAGGACAUGCAUGUGCUGUCGUUGGCAACUUCAUCUUUUUCCAUGUGUGCAUGCUGUUACAGUUAUUCAAAAGACAGAAAAGCAAAUGUACGAUUAUAUUGAUCCCUAUUAUACCAUCGAGGCUUUCCAAUUGUCGUAUGAAGGUACUAUAAACCCGGUCCCCACUCUUGGAGCUCCGGUGAUCACGAAAGAAUCUGCCAUCAUUCUUCCUCCUAAAACGAGGAGGCCACGUGGGAGGCCAAAAGUUGGAAGAAUCCGAUCAAGGGAUAUACUUUGUAUAUUGGUAUAUGUGUAUCUUUUUUAUGUUGGUGUAUCUGUUUGUCUUUAUGUUGGUAUAUUGGUGUAUCUAUAUGUGUAUGUCGGUAUAUCUGUUGGUGGUAUGUCUGUAUCUGUUGCUGCGUUAGUAAUGCACUUUGUAAUUGACUUUCAUUUGGGUAUAUCUGUUGGUGGUAUGUCUUGCUUGGAUGCCUAG